GGAGGAGGAGGCUUCUACCGCUUAGUCGGUGUAUAUAGUGCAUGUCUGUCUCGUUUAUUUUGUAGCCAUCCAUCUUUUUUUUUCGCUUUUACGUUGCCUGCCGACGUCCUUUCCACGCAAAAGCAGAUAGAACCCUCGAUCCCAAAAACAGCCAUAGAAGAAGAGGCGCAAAAAUGCACAUUUGGACCAGAGUGUGUCUUUUUUAAAUCUUACUUUUCGUUACCAAGUCAAGGUGGUGUCUACUUCCUGCACGCCUCCUUGUCAGCACAAGUCUAAAAAUAUUGUGGGCUUCCAGCAGAGUUUGUCCGUCUUCCACCGGCCGGCAAACCUUCCCACCAUCUGUCUCCUGCGUGGAGGUGGAGCCAUGGCGGCGCUUUUGUUUCUACUGAUUCUCCAGGCUCUUCCAUCUCUUGUUGUGCCCAUCCAUAAUUCAUCAUCCGGAGGCUGCGCCAUCAUUCGGCCUCCGAGGGAUGGAGGCAUCCGGUACAGAGGCUUGACGCAAGAACAGAUCCGCAGUGUUCAGAUCCUGCCCGUGGAUUACGAGAUCGAGUACAUCUGCCGCGGGAACCGCGUGAUCGUCGGGCCCAAAGUCAGGAAGUGUUUGCCCAACGGCACGUGGACGGACAUGACACAGCACAGUAGCUGUUUGUUGCUGUGCCCUCGCGUGUGGACGUCCCUGGAGAACGGCCAGGUGACCGUGAGACCCCCGGGCCUGCCGUUGGAGGGCUCGGUCCUGCACUACCGCUGCCACGGGGGCUUCGUGCUGGAGGGACGCAACGUCAGCCACUGCACCAAGCUGGGAAAGUGGGACGCGCCGAAGCCCAUCUGCCUCUAUGACAAAAACAACACAGGCAAGAAGAAGCUGUACAUCGGCGCCCUGUUCCCGAUGAGCGGCGGCUGGCCGGGCGGCCAGGCGUGCUUGCCCUCUGCCCAGAUGGCGCUGGACCUGGUCAACAACCGCAGUGACAUCCUGCCCGACUACGAGCUGGAGCUCAUCUACUAUGACAGCAUGUGUGACCCGGGCGAGUCCACUAAGCUGCUGUACGACCUGCUGUACACGGAGCCCAUCAAGAUCGUGCUGAUGCCCGGCUGCAGCGGCGUCUCCACAAUCGUGGCUGAGGCAGCUCGCAUGUGGAACCUCAUCGUGCUCUCGUAUGGUUCCAGCUCGCCGGCCCUGUCCAACCGCCAGCGUUUCCCCACCUUCUUCCGCACACAUCCGUCGGCCACGCUGCACAACCCGACCCGGGUGCAGCUCUUCCAGAAGUGGAAGUGGACCCGCAUUGCCACCAUCCAGCAGACCACUGAAGUCUUCACCUCGACUCUGGACGAUUUGGAACAGCGAGUCAAGGAGGCCGGCAUCGAGAUCAGCGUUCGCCAGAGCUUCCUCACUGACCCGGCUGUGGCUGUCAAAAACCUGAAGCGUCAGGACGCGAGGAUCAUUGUUGGUCUGUUUUACGAAACCGAAGCCAGGAAGGUGUUUUGUGAGGUGUUCAAGGAGAAGCUCUACGGGAAGAAGUACGUCUGGUUCCUGAUCGGCUGGUACGCCGACAACUGGUUCAAGAUCAAGGACCCGGCCAUCAACUGCACCGUGGAGAACAUGACGGAGGCCGUGGAGGGUCACGUCACCACCGAGAUCGUCAUGCUCAACCCCGAGACCGUCCGGGGCGUCUCCAACAUGACAUCCCAGGAGUUUUUGGCUGCCUUGAUGUCCCGCCUGGGCGGCAUGAACCCCGAGGAGACAGGUGGCUUCCAGGAGGCCCCCCUGGCCUAUGACGCCAUUUGGGCCCUGGCGCUGGCCCUCAAUAAGACGGUGGCGCCACUCAAAGCCAAGGGGCGGAGGCUGGAGGACUUCAACUACAACAACAAAGACAUCACGUCCGAGAUCUACCGCGCGCUCAACACCAGCUCUUUUGAGGGCGUUUCAGGCCAGGUGGUGUUCGAUGCUCAGGGUUCCAGGAUGGCCAUGACCCUCAUUGAGCAGCUACAAGGGGGCAGCUACAAGAAGAUCGGCUACUACGACAGCUCCCAGAAGAAUCUGUCGUGGUUCGGCAACGACGUGUGGAUCGGGGCGGGGCCUCCGGCGGAUCGCACGGUGGUGGAGGAGGAGUACCGCUUCCUGUCGCAGAAACUGUUCGCCGCCGUGUCGGUGUUCGCCGGCCUCGGCAUCCUGCUCGGCAUCGUGUGCCUCACCUUCAACAUCUACAACGGCAACGUGCGCUACAUCCAGAACUCUCAGCCGUACCUGAACAACAUGACGGCGGCGGGCUGCAUGAUGGCGCUGGCCGCCGUCUUCCCGCUCGGCAUCGACGGACAUCACGUACACCGGUCGCAGUUCCCCGUCGUCUGCCAGUUUCGGCUGUGGCUGCUGGGUUUGGGCUUCAGUCUGGCGUACGGCAGCAUGUUCACCAAAAUCUGGUGGGUCCACACCCUUUUCACCAAGAAGGACGAGAAGAAGGAAAAGAAGAAGCAACAGCUGGAGCCAUGGAAACUGUACGCCACGGUGGGCGUGCUCCUGGCUGUGGACUUCCUGUCGUUGGUCAUCUGGCAGAUCGUGGACCCGCUGCACAUCACCGUGGAGAAGUUCACCAGAGAGGCCCCCAAAGUGGACUUGGACGUUCUGAUCCAGCCUCUCCUGGAGCAUUGCAGCUCUGAGAAGAUGAACACAUGGCUGGGUGUGGUGUACGGCUACAAGGGCCUGCUGCUGCUGCUCGGCAUCUUCCUGGCCUACGAGACCAAGUCCGUCUCCACGGAGAAGAUCAACGACCACCGGGCGGUCGGGAUGGCCAUUUACAACGUUGCGGUGCUGUGUCUGAUCACGGCGCCGGUGACGAUGAUCCUGUCCUCGCAGCAGGAUGCCUCUUUUGCCUUCGCCGCCCUGGCCAUCGUCUUCUCGGCCUACAUCACCCUGGUGGUGCUCUUUGUGCCGAAGAUGCGUCGUCUGAUCACACGCGGCGAGUGGCAGUCGGAGCAGCAGGACACGCUCAAGACGGGCUCGUCGACCAACAACAACGACGAGGAGAAGUCGCGGCAGCUGGAGAGGGAAAACAGGGAGCUGCAGAAGAUCAUACAGGAGAAAGAGGAACGCGUGUCGGCGCUGCGCAACCAGCUGGCCGAGAGGCAAGCCCUACGAAGCCGCCGCCGCCCGUCGGCAGGCCAGAACCACAACGCCCCGAUCCCAACCCUGCCGCCGCCCUCGUCCCAGACGGACCCCAAGUCCCUGCUGCCCCCGCCCGGCUACCCCAGCGCCGACAAUCACUCGCUGCCGCCGUCCUUCUCCAACUCGUCCAACUUGUACCCGUCCGAGAGUAAGAUGAGCCGCAACCACUGUCACAACAGCCAGAUCCCGCUCCUCUAUAAGUAGAUCGGACCGUGGGGGGGAAAACAAAGCUGGACUCGCGUCUAAGUGACGGGAAAGCCUCACGGGGGGAGCACACACGGGGCACACACAGGAGCACCGUACACCACCUGACAAAGCCGGCCCAAGAGAUAAGUUAACAAGGCACCUGCUCGGGGUCCCGCGACCACUAGGGGGCGCCCAAGAACAGUUAUGAUCAACUGAUUUUUUUUUUCUAUACAUUCUAUUAAGGAAGAACAGAGUAACAUUAAAAAAAAACUUGAAUGUUUGGAUAAAGUUCUUUUUUUUUUAGGAAUAUUGCUUUAAGUGGACUUUUGUACAUUUUUAAAUGUAACUAUUCAAAUGUGUUUUUUUAAAAACCAUUUUGUGUUUGUGUUUUAAUGCGUGUUUGUUUAGUGUAUCCGAAAUGUCCGCGUGCGUGUGUCCCUUAUGAGUGUGUGUUAAUCCACUGUGUGUGCACUUUAUGAAUGUGUCCAUCCUGUGUGUGUGCAUGCCAUAUUUUCUAUAAUACUGUGCCAGUAUAGUCAUUUUUUAAAGUUAUUAUCCAUACCGGCCCAAACCGAAUGAUGCUCGGGGCCCCUUGGGCCGGCUCUGCCAGCUGACACUGUGACUUGUUGUGAUUGGUUGCCGUGACAACAGCAAGCACAUCUCAGAUUUUGCAGCAUGGGGGUCUAUCCUCCAUCUCCCCCCCCCUCUCGUCCCUUUUUUAGAGACGUGAUGGAACCUUUGUGUUACUGAACACAAACACAAAUGUGUUUGUCCUCCGUGUGUCGUCCUGUUUUCGUUACGUGUGCGUGUCGAUAAAAUUUUUAGCCAUAAACACGGGACAAGGGAGGCACUUCACACUCACCCCCACCCAAACAGAAAAAAAACCAUCAAGGACACUUUUGCCAGCCGUUACUGUAACGAUAUUUACCCGCAUGCGCUAAAACCUUUCUACUAGUGUACAUAAACGAACACGACAAGCACAGCCCCCAUUUUUAUCUUACACUUCCAUUAUAGACGAAUUUCUUAGUUAAAAUGAAACUGAAAAAAAAGAACAUCAUGUUGGUCCGCACAUGCUGUCCACACCCAAACUUUGAAGCUUUUCUUUUUUUCUUUUCCCUUUAAGAGAUAUUUUUUUCAUUUUGGUAAAGCGGAGGGUUUUAGUCUCAAACUCCCAACUGCAUAAUUAUCAAAGAACUUCUACAAUAUUUCAGUUACAAGUAUUAUUUGAACCUUAUAACCAGUGUUCCCUUGAAGCUGCGCAGUUGCG